AUGUACCAGGUUAGUAAACUAGCAACCUACCCUAACUGUACACAAUGUGCCAGAGAAACCCGCUGCAGAGGUGGUAGAGGACAUGGCAGGGGAACCAGUGCAAGUAGAAGAAGAGAAAGAAGAAGGAGAAGAGGAGGCGGAAGCACAGGGAGACAUAGUCACAGAAGUCGAAGCAGUCGCAGAACAUCGUCUCGACAUGGAAGCAGGCGUGCAUCUCCAACAAGAUCUACUCGGCCUCCACCCGGAAGGCGUGGUCGACCUGUUGGUGCUGAGGAGGAGGCGGGGCGGGUUCAGGUGGGGGCGUGGCAACAUUCUUUAAGUUUUCUCUUCUCUUCACUCUCUGCUCUGCUCGGCAUGUUUUCUAUCAGUAGAUUCAGUAUUCUUACAGCAGACUUCGGAGUAAUUUUUCUUCUUCAAUUCCUGUUGUUAACCCUGCUGUUUGGACUACCAAUGCUCUCCCUCUUCACUAGUUUAGGACAAUAUCUGGGCUCAGGGAUUAUAGAUAUGUGGAGAAUAUCACCUAUAUUUCAGGGUGUUGGUGUGUCUCUUAUGCUUGUACAAGGGAUGAUUGGUGUGUACAGUACUGUCGUUACAUCCUGGAUGUUUGUAUAUUUCAGGGAUUCAUUUAUUUCUUCUGGAGAUUAUAAAUGGUCGUUUUGUAACUACCAACUACCUUACCAUCAGAGUGUUCGACAAUGUGAGGGUAUAAACCAUACCUCUCUUCUCCAGGACACUAUCCCGGAUUAUUUCUCAUAUUCCGUUCUACAUCGGAGCAAUCCAGCUCCGGAUACUAAACCUACCAUGGGAAACAUGCAGUUUCAGGUUGCCUUUAACCUAGUUGUUAUAUGGAUGGUUAUUUUCAUCUGUUUAAGUAAAGGUUUAAGAUCCUAUGGUAAGGUUGUGUACUUAUUAACCCCGAUGACCAUUGUUGGAUAUAUCGUCUUCACUUCAAAAAUUUUGGCGGGUUUUCAGCUGUCGGAGUUCCAGGCCUAUAUUCAAGAUACCAACUGGUGGGAUUUCAUUUAUAACACAAAGUCUUGGGUCUGUGCUGCAAAAGAGUGUUUCCUCGUCUGGGGUAUUUUUGGUGGAUCCUUAAUACAGUUAGCAGCUCAUAACAAGUUCAAACAUAAUAUUAAGAGAGAUACAACAUUUAUAUUACUGGUUGUGAUACUAUUUCUGCUGCUAUCUGGUCUCCUAGGCAUUGUUGUAAAGAAAAGGAUAGAAGUUGAUGGACGCCAGGCCUACAUACCUUCGUCUUUCGAGUCCUACAGCUCGUACCGUUUCAUGCUUCCUACUCCGCAGCAGAUUGAUCCUCUCCGUCCUCCCUCUCCUUCCCGACCCCAUCCCCAGGAUAUAGAUCACGUGUCAUAUCUGACCGGCGUGCGCAUACUGGAUACAACACAGGAUUCUACUCAAUUCUCAGGUUAUCAAGUUAACCGACUAGCUACCGAGUUAAUACCAGUAUAUUUUUCAAUUACAGUUGGAACCAUCUCUCCAGUUUGGGCAAUUCUCUUUUAUUUUACUCUUAUUCUUCUUGGUAUUUCACAGAGUCUUGCUCUCUUCCAUACAUUUAUACAGGGGUUGAUUGCUAUCAGAUCCUCUACUUUAAAGAACUGGGAAGGAAGUAUAACAUUCUGUGUUUGCGCUCUUGGUCUUACACUAGGUCUUCCAAUAGCUACAGAGAUUGGAAUUUUUGUUGUUUACUUUCUUGACUGUACUGUUGGUUCUGGUUGGUGGGUGAUGGUACUGUACCUACUCCUUGUAUUUGGUGUACUUGUAGUACGGGGCAAACCGUACGGUUCAAACCAGAUUUCUACUCUACUCUUCCCCAGAUCAUCUAUAUGUUCAGGUUGGCUGGGACCUUUCUUAGCUUUUAUUUGGACUGUGAUAUUACCCAUCUCCUUGUUGAUAAUGUCUGUUGUAACUUUUAAAACUGGUCACGUGUCCGACAUGUUUGAUUGGAGAGUGGGUGUAGGGUACAAAUACCUACCCAGCUGGGUUCGUGAGAUUGGUUCCAUGAUGCAGCUUCUUCCUAUUCUCAUUGUUCCAUUCGUUGCUGUCAUUCAAACCUGUAGAUACUUCCUUUAUAGUACAGAUUCAUUGCACACGAAAUUGGAGAUGUUAUAUAAACCCUACUACUCAGCACAAAGACGACUUCCAACAGUUCGAUCUCCUGAUGUAAUUCUAACUAAUUUCAACCCUUCCACCCCGGCUGCCCCUCCCCAGGCCUCGGAUCCGCCCCCCAAGUACACCCCGCCUCCCAGCUAUAGUACAGCUACAGGGGCUAGGCUUGCCAGAAUCAUUAGACAGUCUUUCAGAAGAUCUAUGCGGAGGUUACAGGGAGGAGGACGACAUCUAAUCAAGGAUACAUCCUCUCCCCCAGACUAUGCAACCGUCAUCAUUGAAUCCAGUAACUUCUCCGCCCUAGGCCAGGACUCCAGUAACUUCUCCGCCCUAGGCCAGGACUCAAGUGGCUACUCUGCCCCGCCUUCGGAAGCUCAAGAGGAGAUGUAUUUUGACAACCUCCAACAGAGACCGGUUGAAGACAGGGUUGACCUUGGAGCCUUCUCCCUGGACCUGGGUCUGGUUCGACUUGAGAGACGUGAAUCUGACUCUGGUAGACCCGGAGAACAGGAUCGAACCACAGAUCUGAGAUAUCGGCACAGCAUGAACCUGGGCCGGGAAACAGGCGUAGAAGGAGGUUUCCUUGCCCUGGGUGUAGGAGGACUUCUACGAGCAGAUAGUGAAGCUGUUCUAGUGGAGACAGAAGAACCUGUUCAUAUAGAGCCAGGUCGGCAUGAAGCUAAUCUAACCAGACUACAGGCUCAAAAUAUCAACAUGAAAAGUGCAAGAAACAGUGACCUAAAGUCCAAUGUGAACAGCAAUCACAGCCAACAAAACAGCAACCCUUCGGUGAUAAACAGUAUCCAUUGUCGACUAAACAGCAAUCCUGGCGGAGAAAACAGCAGCUACAGUCGACAAAACAUCAAAACAGGAAUUGAACAAGGGGUACAGGAGCCAAGACAAAGAACGGCAGAAUCUCAGAGAAAAUCAGAAAGAGAAUUAGACGCAGGAUCAAGAGAAUCUGGAGGAACAGGAGCCAAAGGAGCAGAAACAGGAUUAAGAGGAGAAUUAUUUACUGAAGAUGCUCAAAGUUACGCAGACUGUUCUGUUCUAGAAGUUAAAAAUUCUCUCAGAUUUGCCGCCAAAGACAGAAACGUAAAUAUUAGGGACCCCGGGCCAAAUUUAGGAGAUUUUUUCCAACUAAGGGUCCCUGAAGAUGAAUUUGGUGAGAUUGUGUUUGUUGAGCGAGAACCGGUCAAAAACCAGGAAGAGGCAGUUAAUUUAAACGUACUUUCAGUCCCUUUAGGGGCUUCUAGGGGCUCUAUCAGGGCCUCCAGAGAAUCUUCAAGGGGUCAUAUGGCCUUUACAAGAGGUUUUAGGGACUCAACCAGGGGUUUAGAGGAUAUAUCAAGGGAUAAACAAGUUAUUCUAAACGUUGAUACAUCUACAAGCGUUAUAUAGACAAAGUCAAUUCUUAUUUAGAUAUUUUUGGAUUCUGUAAAAAGACGACAUUUGCCCGAGACGUUGAAUAAAAAAUUUCAAUUUAAA